UGGAGUGAAUCGCACUGUGCGGACCGACGUCGUCGUUCGCGUGCCACGUACACACACACACACAUACACGCGUGCGCGCGCACCACACACUGUCGUCCGCGAAAAUCCGACGCCCGUCRCACCGAUAGUGAAUCGGUGAAACGCCACACGGGUCGGUGUUUUAGGUUUUUUUCGUCGCAUUUGUUUCGUUAAAAAAAUUUACGCUCGCGGUCGUGCGUGGACCGUCGUCCCACUCGGUGUCGAUCGUUUAACCGUCGGAAAAUUUUUGAUUUUCAAAUAUUAAAUUGUCRCGCGCUCCGUAUUUGCACGUCGCUGUUAUCUUGUCCGUGCGCGCCUCCGUGUGUUUGUAUGCGAAAUAAUCUCGGUUGCGUCGCGCUCGUGGUUUUCCUUUCGACCGCGACCAAGGUAUAAUAUUAAUCGCUCUUUUUUUCGAAAGUGUCGGUACCUGUGAAAUCCGGCCGAGGUCCCACCGUCAGCAUUUGCGAAUUCUCAUAUUCGAAAAUUCAUCUUCGUCCAGCUGAUGACUGCAGACUCGACGGAUUGACCUUCGUAAAUUUACAACAAGUGAAUUUUCGAGCAAUUUAUCUACAUCAACAACGUGGUUAUGUGAAUUUGUUUCAUGAACCUACAGGAGUUACUCUGCACGGACAYUGCAUUACCGCACAUCAAAGUUGAUCCCAAAACAUAUAAAUAGUACGAGUGGAUUAUCGAAAAUGACUACGAACACGGACGAACAUUUCGGAGUACAUUUUACAAUAGCCACGCGGUCCAUUUCUAUUGCGUUCAGCUGAAGUAGUAGUAUUAUGGACUCGGGAUUUAGCAACAUGUUGGAAAACACUAGGAAAUACUUCCAAGGGAUCCCCACGGACGCGGCCUCCACCGCAGCAGCUGCUGCUGCAGCAGCGGCUGCACAACUGCACUUCCCGCCGCCGCUGCCCCCGGCGCAUCAUCUGCACCACAACGGYGGUAGCGGUGGUCGGUCGUCGAUGAACUCGUCGUCAUCGUCGUCGUCAUCAUCUUCGGAACCGUCCUCGGCGGCGGCUACCGACCGGUUCGCGGGCUAUCAUCACCCACACUUACGGUACAACUUCCAGCCGUACUCAUCGCCGGGCCACUACCCGCGCACUGCUGUCGACCCUAAGCCCGCGGCCUUCCAACACCACCACUUUCAGCCGCCUUCGCCACUGCAAUACCACCACCAACAACAACAGCAGCAUCACCAUCAGCUGCCGCCCUCUUCGUCGUCGUCGUCGUCACCGCCGUCGCCGUACAAGUCACCGUACACACUACAACCAUUGCCGCCGCCGCCGCUGACUGUUAAACAACAACAGCAACCGCCUCCGUCUCAGUUUAAGCCGAUGUCGUCGGCCGCUCGAUCGUCGCCGCCGGCUUCCGCCACAAUUAAACAGUACUCGCCGCCAAAACCGCCGCAGUCGCCAUACGCGGUGGUGCCCAAGCCAACAUCCKGCGCGCUGCAGCCGCAGUCACCGUUCACCGCGCCCAAAGAACAUCAGCCGUCCGUACCCGAGACGCCGCCCCCCUCGCCGCACUCUUCGCACUACUACAAUAGGACGACGCACAGCGGCUUGCAACAGCAGUCCAUCGACAGGGAUUACUUGCGGUUCAAGCCCAUACAGACACCACCGCCUCCACCCAACAGGUUUCAACCUUUGGAGAGGCCAAAGUCUGAAGUGCCCGUGAGCAGUGGGGCGGGACCCCAGUCAUCGCACUUGGCUAUCAGGUAUGACCCAAAACUCGAGCAGCCCCGCAGCGGUGUCAGAGCGGUGCCCAUAGCUCAGGCCAAGCAAUCAUCAUCGUCGACUACGGCGGCGGCACAGCACGAAGUUAACCGAGUGAUCGUGCAAAAACCCGAACCGUUACGGUAUCAUCAUCAGCAACAGCAACACCAGGUUAACAACAAUCAACCCCAUAGAUCUUCGACGUCUUCGGAUGACCAUCAUCUUCACCACCAUAAACGACCGGCCUCAGUGCAGCCGUCGUACUUGGAGUCCAGGCCGUUCCAGAUAAAACCUUAUGACGGUGGCGGCAACAACAAUAGCAACGGAAGCAAUAGCAAUGGCAGCAGCGGUAGCGGUCAGUCGUCAUAUCACAGGCCGUUCUCCGUGGCGCCGCAACCACUGCAGCCGCCGUCUUCGCAGUCCUCCGCCGCCAUUAUCGUUUCCGGUAUGGACCACCGUUGGGCCGCGUUCGACGGCCUGGCGCCACCUGCGUUCCUGCAACAAUCGUCGUCGUCCUCGUCCACCACCUCAUCCGGAGCUGCAGUCGUCAACGGUUACCACCAUCACCAUCGGCCGCCGCCGUCAUCGUCAUCAGCAACYGUGGUAACUCAGCACCAUCAACACCAUUUGUCCAGACAACAGCAACAGUCGCAACAUUAUCCGCUCAACUUGCACAAGCUCACGCAGCCCGCCCGACCGGCCACUGCCGCCGGCCAAUUGCAACAGCCGGUGAAAUCGGGUCAAGAAAAUAAAGCGGCCAAGCUGCGAUUUGAGACUACGAAACGCGAGUCUCCGCUGGACUUGUCCGUGAAGACCGUCUGUCGGUCGGCCGACUCGACCGACGACCGGUUGAAUCCAUUCGGACACGACAUACCCAAAGUGAACUUCAAACCGGACUUCAACAGGUCUUUACCGGGGACGGCCACGGCGGCACCCCCGCAGAACGCAGUUGUCGUCGUCGGCGGCCAGCAACACAACAGCAACAACACUGCCACCGCCGCAUACAACCAUCAUCAGUUCGCUGCUCAGAUAUCGCUCUCCUCCCUUCCGCCGCCGACGCCGUUGCCRCCACCGCCGCCGACCGUGGUCGUAGUGCAGUCUUCGCCGCAGCAACCGUUACCGUUAGUGGCCGCCGCCCCGACGACUCCACUGCCGCCGAUAGUGCGCACACACCUCCACCCCCACAACAACAACAACCAUCAAGUUCCGCCGUUAUCGUCAGCCGACGAAGCUUGGCGGGCGGCCAUCGACAGGCAGAUCGAACAGAAGUUCAACUCGUACACUUCUGCCAAGAACCAUAAUCAUCCCCAUCCGAUGCACCAGUUUCACCACCAGCGGCCGCACCAUCCUAUUCCGUCAACCGCGAUGCAACAGCAACAGCCUCCUCCACCGCCACCGCCUCCUCCACCACCGGCACCACAACAAGGCCCUGCGCAGGCCGACAAGCGCGUAYUGGAGAUACUCAAGCAGAACAUCGAGGCGCGCGACCAGAGCAGCCGGCCGCACAUCGCCGAGGCGCCGUCCACGCCGGCCAUGGUGUUUUCGACGCCCAUCCGAAAGGAACCUUCGACCACACCUCUGAAAAAAACCGACUAUUACAUGGCCGAGCGCACGGCCGUCACGCCGUUCCCCAAGAAGAUCGACUACUACAUGGACAGGGCGUACUGCAAUGCUCCGAGGAUCCGGACCAAAGCUGAGAGGAAACAGAUAUCUGCAGAAGGGUCGUCUAGUGGCACGAGGAUGAGCAGCCCAAUGGCUGCUGCCACAGCCAUAUCACCUCACCCAUUUUUGCCUUCAAAUAACAGCACACCUCAAACAAAACAAGAACCGACUCCUCUCACACAAACUGAAGCAGUUGUAGAUCUCAAGCUCGACAUCAAACGAGAACCGUCGCCCUUUAAAGAACCAGAUCUGAGUUUACUAAAUAAAGAAGAAACUGAAAAAGAUGAGGACGACGAGGACUUCUGGAUGAAUACGUGUAAUUCGUUUGUGGUGCAGUUAGCCGAAACCCAAGAAAAGAAAAAAGCCAAAAUGCCAAUUAAAAGAAAACCGGUGAAAGAGUUACUACCUCAACCCCCUAAGAGAAAGUACACAAAACGAAUAAAAAUCGAUACCAUUACCGAAACCGAUAAAGACAAUAAACCUUCAGAUGUUCGAAGUACAUCAAAAUCAGCAGAUGAARUGAAAUUAGAAAAAUCUCCUAUCUUAGGAAAUGUUAAUUGUGAAGAAAUUUCGCAAAAAGACGCAGAACCUUUGGAUAUGGACAAAGAAAAUAAAACAAAGCUAGAGGAUCUAGAAAAGAAUGCAGAUGACAAUAAAGACAAGGAAGAAACCGAGGAAAAAUCAAUUAAAGGAAAGCCCAAAAGAAAACGACUUCUAAAGCCAUUGAUUGCCAAAGUUCAGAAAAUAAAGAAAGAACAUAAAAAGGAGUUAAAAAUGAAAGAGCUGAAAAAAGAAUCGAAAAAAGAUGAAAAGAAAGAGUUGAAAAAGGCAGAAAAGAAAGACAAGGACAUGAUUAAGAAAGAACMACUUCCAAAAUUGGAAAAGAAAGAGCAGGUGACGGUAGCAAAAGAAGAGAAGAAAGGACUGAAAAAAGAAGAAAAACGCGAUCUCAAGAAAGAUCAACAACCGGAACAUGGCAACAAAAAAGAUUUCAGCAAGAAGGAAAGCAAAAAAAUUGAAGCCAUCCGGAAAAAAGUUGUUGUUGAAAAAGAAAAUUUUACAAAAAACACGGAAAACUCUUCGAGGAGAUCUGCKGCCGCAGCAAUCGAUGUAGCCAGCAAAUUUAAUCCCAGACAGUCGCUGAGGCGAAAGAACUCGCUGAAAGAUUACACAUUCGCUUUUGACGAGCUAUUAGACGACGCCUUUGCACAUUUCGAGACUGUUAAGAUACCAGUGAAAAGAAGGCGAAAAUGCGCGUCACCAUCGCCUAAUCCUGCUCCGACAGUGGUUGCCACCGGGGUUGGUGUCACACAGGUGAUCACUGUUGUCAAGAAGGCCAAAGAGAAAGACAACGAAACGAUCCGGAUGCGGUUGAGGUCUCGGAACAGGCCACUGCAGGCUAAGCAGGAACCGCAACAGGUUUCUUCCAAGAAGAAGGCCAACGCAAAAAACAAAAUCAUUCCAAAAAGGCGGCGAAAAAAAUCACUCGGUGAGAAGUCUGCACAUGCUGCUUCUGUCGUUUCGACCACUGAUGACUGGAAGGACGAACUCUACAAGUUCAAGCGGUCGUUGCGCCUUCCGUCCAAACUCAUAUCGGUAGUUUCACCGCCGACUGCUGGCGCUGUAGCUGCCGACCAGGUGUCAUUAACCUCUAUCAUGAACAUUCCACCGCCUUCAAAGCCGGUAAAGGAGUCCAAAGCGGCUAAAUUGGCGGCGUGCCAGUCGUCACAAGCGGGUGGACUUGGCGCAUUAACAGGCAAGAACAAGCCCAAACGGUUAGGUGGCCUGGUGUUCGGUCGCCGAGACGCUAUGUUCAAGGGACGGCGUUUGAUGAAGCGUGAAAAGAUCGUGUCCGCAGAAAAGUUGAUGCAGCGAAACUUGCGGAAGCGACGUCAGCGCGAGGACGAGGUAUUGAAAAAGGAGUGUGCUGGUGAAGAAGUCGCCGCAUCUCACCUUGACGAUGAAGAUGAUGAGGAAGCACAUGCCGGUGAAGAAGAAGAAGACGAUGAUAGUGGUGCUGGAGUUAGAGGUGUGAAACCACCGACGCGCGUACUGUUCAAACGGAAGUUGAUGCGCAAAAAGUUUCGCUCGGGGUUCGACUACAUCAAAAAAAAGAAGAAGAAGGAACCAGUGUCGGACAAGAAACCUGCUACCGCGGUGACCCCAUCCACUGCCUCCUCCAACUCUGUUCCACCAAGUGCGCCACGUUAUAUAUCCGAAAUCCAUGCUGAAAUCAAAGGAUGGAUAGUCAACAAGGGACACGGCGAGACAGUGCUCCACCGAGCCGCCAGACUAGGUGUCGAUGAUGUCGUGGGUUAUUGCAUGGAAAAACUCGAGUACGCCCCAUCGGUGGCUGACAACGCGGGCUACACGCCGUUGCACGAAGCGUGUUCGCAGGGCCAUUAUCACAUAGCCAAGUUGUUGCUUCUGUUCGGGGCAGAUGUCAGCGCCAGCGCUCAAGGAGGCAUACGGCCCCUACACGAAGCUGUUGAAAACGGCGACGUGCACCUGGUGCGUCUGUUACUCAGUUAUGGAGCAGACCCGCAUUUGGCCACCUACUCGGGACAGUCACCAUUGUCUUUGGCCACAGACAAGCAGACCAGAAUGCUACUGGAACAUCAUGUCAACGACGUUCAAGGCUACGGCARCGCGUCCGUUUGGAAUUUCGAUGACACCACGCUGACCCGUGAACCCGAGGACGUUGACCGGCUGCUGUGGUGUCUGCCGCCUGCCCCAUCGCCGGGACCGACUGACGAAGGCCCAUCGUUCGAGUUCGAAUUUUCCGACCAAUCGCUUCCGGACGUCUACAAGUUUCCGUCCGAAGGAGGUGCUGACGGCGGCCGCAAGACCGCCGGCGUCGACGACGACGAUUGGGUGCUGUUCUCGGACGUGUCGACGGCUCUGUCCGUGAAGACUGUCGAAGCGCUCGUCCAACUGAUGGAGGACGAGAACGCCGUUAUGGCCGUGCCGGCGGAACGAUUCAAAGAGCGCGCGGUGCUCCGGAAAUCGUUGGGCCGACAACCAAUCGUAGUGCCGGCCACCCCGGCCGCAGCUAACAAAUCCARUGAACGUCCGUCCAAUGACGACAGCGACUCUGUAGCCACGAAGGAAGCCCCUUCUUGCACGUCGUCGUCGUCCACACCCUCAGCGACCACAAUCUCCACCGGCGCCGCUACUACUACUGUUGCUGCCACUUCCGYAAUUACUACCUCCGCCGCCUCACCAUUCUCGUCAUCGACAUCCGGCGACGAGCAAAUACUCUUGGUCCGUUACGACCGCAAACUUAAACAGCUGUUGGGCGUGAGCGUGUACACGGUGAGUUGACGUCGUCGUCAUCAUCACCAAUAGGCGGACGUGCGCACACAGAACGAGUUACCGUGUUAUGUUGUUGUUUUUCUUAUUAUUAUUUUUUUUUUUUUUUUACUACUAAAUUUAGGAAUUGCCAUUUGACAUAUUUUUCAAAUAUAUGUUUAAACGACAUUUCUUUUUGUACUUAAAUAAGUUACCCAAAUUUUUUUUAUUUUAUUUCUUAUGACGAAUUUUGAACAAGUUAAUAAAAAGGUUGACAAUUUAUGUUUUGGUUGGUUAGUUUUUAAAAUUGGACACAUAAUCCGAACCAUCGGACGUGUUUAGUAUUAUUUAAAAAAUUUCAUUUUGUUAUUCUAAAUGAUUUUGGUAUACCUCUUUGUUAAUGUUCACAUUAAGUUUUUAUUAAUGUUAAAUAUUAUUAUGUAUAAAAAUAUGAUAUUUACUUUUUUUUAACAGCUGUU